UUAAUUGAUUAUAGUUGUAGCUUGUGUGUGUGUUGUGUAGAAGCAGAAAACGGACGUUUUAUAUUUUAAGUGCUUGUUUAUGCAGCACGACAAUUGCGCGUCAACUGCAAUUUAAAAAAAAAAACACUUGAAAUUCAAAUAAAUUGUAGUUCUUGCUGUAGUAGUCAUGGCCGAAGUGCGACGCAGAAAGGCAGAAAACGAGGCGGACGAUGCUGCUGCUGCAGCCGCAAGCAGCGCAGCUGAUUCUUCUGAUCAUGUCGAUUCGGAGGAGGAGAAAAUACCAGAGGAGCAAUUCGUUGAGGAGCUGGCCAAGAAUUUACCCCAAGGCACCGACAAAACGCCAGAGCUAUUGGACUCGGCUCUCAAGGAUUUGCCCGAUCGAUGGAAGAACUGGGUCAUUCGCGGCAUUUUCACAUGGAUUAUGAUUUGUGGAUUUGCAUUAAUCAUCUACGGCGGACCAUUGGCCUUGAUGGUUACGACGCUGCUCGUGCAGGUGAAGUGCUUUCAGGAGAUUAUCUCAAUUGGCUAUCAAGUGUAUCGCAUACAUGGCCUGCCCUGGUUUCGCAGUCUGUCCUGGUACUUCUUGCUUACCUCCAACUAUUUCUUCUAUGGCGAACAUCUAGUUGACUACUUUGGCGUAGUCAUCAACCGUGUGGAAUACCUUAAGUUCUUAGUCACCUAUCAUCGUUUUCUAUCGUUCGCACUGUAUAUAGUUGGCUUUGUUUGGUUCGUGCUCUCGCUGGUGAAGAAAUAUUAUAUCAAGCAGUUCAGCCUAUUUGCCUGGACGCACGUCUCGCUGCUAAUUGUCGUCACACAGAGCUAUCUAAUUAUACAGAAUAUAUUCGAGGGGCUUAUUUGGUUUAUAGUGCCCGUUUCGAUGAUUGUUUGCAAUGAUGUCAUGGCAUAUGUUUUUGGUUUCUUCUUUGGACGCACGCCUCUCAUCAAGCUCAGCCCCAAGAAGACCUGGGAGGGCUUUAUCGGUGGUGGGUUUGCCACCGUUCUCUUUGGCAUAUUAUUCUCAUACAUUUUGUGCAAUUACCAAUACUUCAUCUGCCCCAUCCAAUAUUCCGAGGAACUGGGUCGAAUGACAAUGUCCUGUGUGCCCAGCUAUCUGUUCACGCCACAGGAGUACAGCCUGAAAUUGGUAAGACACCCUAACACAUCCACACACGCCUUUAAUAUGGCUUCCUUAAAGAGUAUUGAUUUGUAUACUAAUCAAUUGCAAUUUCAGUUUGGUAUUGGCAAGACAAUGAAUAUUUAUCCAUUCAUAUGGCACUCAAUCUCGCUGAGCAUGUUCAGCUCUAUAAUUGGACCCUUUGGCGGUUUCUUUGCCUCUGGCUUCAAACGCGCAUUUAAAAUUAAGGACUUUGGUGACAUGAUUCCUGGCCAUGGCGGCAUUAUGGACCGCUUUGACUGUCAGUUUUUGAUGGCCACCUUUGUCAACGUUUACAUCUCAAGUUUCAUUAGAACUCCAUCGCCGUCAAAGCUCUUGACGCAGAUUUAUAAUUUAAAACCGGAUCAACAAUACCAAAUUUAUCAAUCGCUAAAGGACUCACUUGGCGACAUGCUUAAUUAAAAUAUUAGACAACAACAACUGUUUGCUUUAGUCGUACGUCUCUACAUAUAUAUACAUAUAUAUAUAUUCAUUAUAAAAAGAAAUUUAUAUAUAUUUAUAUAUAUCUAUAUAUAUACAUACAUAUUUAUAUCCGUAUAUGAAAAUAUGGCAAGCGCCAUACAGAUGUUGUAAGGGCCCCCAAAAAUGAUUCAAUUGAAUCGAACACUAUGAAUAGUUUAAAUUUUUUUUAACAUAAUUUUUGUUAUGUUUUUAGUUAUAGUUUAGAUUUUUGUUGUUAUUACAAUUUUAAGUUAUUUCUUUUACGAUUACUAUUAUGAUAAUGGCAUUAUAUAGUGCAAUUACAAUCCGUUUACCGGUGAUUUGUUAAGCGAUUCCAUUAAUUUUAACGAGCCCUACGAUCGCGUUAUGAGAUUGACCUUUUACCAAAUCGAAUUAAACAGUGGAAAAAAAUGCUUGUGGAAGCCGUCGAAAGGCAAAGCAACAAUUAUAACGAUGAUGAAUUUAAUGUUUGUAUGUCUGUGUGUGAAUUUACAAUAUAUAUAUAUAUAUAUAUAUGUGUGUAUAUAUACACCUAUAUCUAGUGUAUAUACAUACAUGUAUGUGUGCUACUUUACUUACUAUUAAUUGAAAAAGAUCUACGCCUCCGAGCCGAGAUUAGUCAUGCCAGAGAGACGCGCUUAGUUUAGAUUGUGAAAUGUUCUUUAGUAAAUAUUUUAACUUAAAACAUAAUUUUUGGAUGAGCAUUUGAGUUGUUAACUAAACAAUAUACGUACGAUCAAGUAUCUAAAGACUUUCAA